CAGGUGCCGCGGCUGGCCGGACGGGGGAGGGGAGAGCGCCGGGCGGGGCGGGGGGGGCGGUGAGGAGGGGGUCACGCCGGCGACGUCGGCCGCCGAGGCCUCACGCGUGGGCGGCGCGGGGCCGGGCUACCGAGCUUUCCCGGCGGCGGGCAGGUGGUCGACGCCGCUCCCGGAGGAGCGCGGCGUGGAGGGCGGCGGCGGCGGCGGCGCGGUCGACGGCGGCCCGGCCAUGGAAGAGACGCGGCCGCUUCCGCAGGCCGAGCUGUCGCUGUGCGACAGCCUCAUCAUCUGGCUGCAGACAUUCAAUACUGCUGCGCCUUGUCAAGAUGUCAAACAGCUGACUAAUGGAGUUGCCAUGGCACAAGUUCUUCAUCAAAUUGAUGUAGCUUGGUUCAAUGAAUCUUGGUUAAGCCGAAUUAAAGAGGAUGUUGGUGACAACUGGAGAAUAAAGGCUAGUAAUUUAAAGAAGGUACUUCAAGGAAUUAUGAGUUAUUACAAUGAGUUUUUGGGGCAACAAGUUUCUGAAGAACUGAUCCCUGAUUUAAAUCAUAUAACUGAACGUGCAGAUUCUGUGGAGCUUGGGAGGCUGCUCCAGCUUAUUUUAGGUUGUGCAGUCAACUGUGAGAAGAAGCACGAACAUAUUCAAAAUAUAAUGACACUGGAAGAGUCUGUUCAGCAUGUGGUCAUGACUGCUAUUCAGGAGUUGAUGAGUAAAGAAAUACUGAGCUCUCCUACAAAUGAUACUGUUGGAGAAUUAGAGCAACAGCUUAAAAGGGCCCUGGAAGAACUUCAGGAAGCACUAGCAGAAAAAGAAGAACUGAGGCAAAGAUGCCAAGAACUAGAUCUGCAGGUGACUGCGCUUCAAGAUGAAAAGAAUUCACUAGUUUCUGAGAAUGAGAUGAUGAAUGAAAAACUUGACCAGCUGGAUGGAUCAUUUGAUGAUCCAAAUACAAUGGUUGCAAAAAAGUAUUUUCAUGCACAGUUACAACUAGAACAAUUACAGGAAGAAAACUUCAGGCUUGAAGCUGCAAAAGAUGAUUACCGUGUUCACUGUGAAGAACUUGAAAAGCAACUAAUUGAAUUCCAGCAUAGGAAUGAUGAAUUGACUAGUCUUGCUGAGGAAACAAGAGCGCUGAAAGAUGAGAUAGACGUUCUUAGGGCUACCUCUGAUAAAGCAAGUAAGCUGGAGUCAACAGUAGAGAUAUAUCGUCAGAAGCUCCAAGAUCUGAAUGACCUUCGCAAGCAGGUGAAAACUUUACAGGAAACAAACAUGAUGUAUAUGCAUAAUACAGUCAGCUUAGAAGAAGAAUUAAAGAAGGCAAAUGCAGCACGUACACAAUUAGAAACAUACAAGAGACAGGUUCAGGAUCUUCACGUUAAACUUUCCUCUGAAUCCAAAAGGGCAGACACACUGGCAUUUGAAAUGAAGCGGCUUGAAGAAAAACACGAAGCUUUGCUUAAGGAAAAAGAGAGACUAAUAGAACAGCGUGAUACUCUGAAAGAAACGAAUGAAGAGCUGCGAUGUUCACAAGUACAACAGGAUCAUCUAUGCCAAACAGAUGCAUCUGCUACAAAAAGUUAUGAGAAUCUUGCUGCUGAGAUUAUGCCAGUGGAAUAUAGGGAGGUGUUUAUCCGACUGCAACAUGAAAACAAGAUGCUUCGCCUGCAGCAGGAAGGUACUGAGAAUGAACGUAUUGAAGAGCUUCAGGAGCAGCUAGAACAGAAGCACCGCAGGAUGAAUGAAUUGGAAACUGAGCAAAGGCUGAGCAGAGAGCGCAUCCGAGAAUUGCAGCAGCAGAUUGAGGACCUCCAGAAGUCCUUACAGGAGCAAGGCUCCAAGCCUGAAGGAGAAAGUUCCAGCAAACUAAAGCAGAAGUUGGAAGCUCAUAUGGAAAAACUAACAGAGGUCCAUGAAGAAUUACAGAAGAAACAAGAACUCAUUGAAGAUCUUCAGCCAGAUGUAAACCAGAACGUACAAAAGAUCAAUGAACUUGAAGCUGCUCUUCAGAAGAAAGAUGAGGAUAUGAAAGCAAUGGAGGAAAGAUAUAAAAUGUACUUAGAGAAAGCAAGAAAUGUAAUAAAAACUUUAGAUCCCAAAUUAAAUCCAGCAUCUGCUGAAAUAAUGCUACUUAGAAAGCAGUUGGCAGAGAAAGAGAGAAGAAUUGAGAUUCUGGAGAGUGAAUGUAAAGUAGCAAAAUUCCGUGAUUAUGAAGAAAAACUCAUUGUUUCUGCCUGGUAUAAUAAGAGUUUAGCGUUCCAGAAACUGGGGAUGGAGUCUAGACUUGUGAGCGGCAGUGGUGCUGGCCAAGACACUGGUGCCUGCACCCCUGCACGGUCUUUCCUAGCACAGCAGCGGCACAUCACCCACACCAGAAGAAACCUCUCUGUUAAAGUUCCUGCUGCAACAGCUGAUUAAACUGCAAAAGAAAACAAAAACAGAAGUGCCCUUAAAAUAUUUUGUACCUUUCAACUAACUAUCAGAUUGAAAAAGAAGUUUAUGAUGCUGGAUAUCAGCUAUUUUAAAAUCAAGAUGCAUGAAAUUAAUUUUGCCAGCUUACUUUGAACACAAAAUAUGGAAUUAGCUAUCUCUCUGAGGGAGCACAGUUGAAUAAUUUGAGGAUGUAAUUAGGCACACACCUCAACCAAACAUUUGUCUUUUGAGAGUAUUAUAAAUUCAAAUUGACCGUGUAUAUUUUAGGUUAAUGUUUUCAGUUGUGCCAGUAGCUUGGUUGAUUUGCUAUGUGUAAUCAGUUGUAUGUAAUUUAAACAUAUAUCUAUAUUUGUUUUAUUGUUCUGGUCCAUAUGAAAAUAGUCAUGAGGUAGGCACAUGGAGAACUAUACAAGAGUUAUAUUUUUUGACUUGAUACAUACAAGGUUUUACCUCUCUCCUCUAACUCUGUCAUUGAAUAGGUAUAUUUUGUCAUGUAACAGAAGAUAGAACAUUUGGAAGAUUUGACUACUGAAAUGACUUUGUCCUAGUAAAAGUGACUAAUUGGAAAUUUUGCAGAUUCAGAGAGGUCACAGUUCUCCUAUGUCCCUACUAUAAACAACGGCUUUUGUACAAUAUGGUUGAAAUGUUGAAGGUAUGGAAAUGAACUGACUUUUAUAAGAGGUGACUUUCUGAUGGAAAGCAAACUAAAGAAUAUACUUUGUGUGAAGCAUCCACAUACUUUUUAAUAUAAUUCAUGAAGAUUACAAUUUUAUUGCUUUAAAGCAUAAAAUUAUCUGGGCUUCUGCUA